GUGAGAAGAAGCCGUUUACGUCACCGCAGUUUGAGCCAAGAUGGCGGCCACGAUGCUGAGGUCGCUGUGCAGGCUCCGACGUCCUUCAGCCAAACUCCUGUCCCGCGGCGGCUUCAUCUCCCCGGGCUGCACCGCGCUCCAGAACCGGCAGAAGCAGUGGCAGCCCGAUGUGGAGUGGACGGAGCAGUUCGCCGGAGCGGUCAUGUAUCCCACGGCUCUGAACGAGAAGUGGAAUCCUCCUCCAUGGAACGACGUGGACCCUCCCGCUGAGAAAGACGUGUCCAACCUGACCAUAAACUUCGGGCCCCAGCACCCGGCGGCUCACGGGGUCCUGCGGCUCGUCAUGGAGCUGAGCGGGGAGUCGGUCAAGAAGUGUGACCCCCACAUCGGCCUCCUGCACCGCGGCACCGAGAAACUCAUCGAGUACAAGACGUACCUGCAGGCCCUGCCGUACUUCGACCGCCUCGACUACGUGUCCAUGAUGUGUAACGAGGAGGCUUAUUCUCUGGCCGUGGAGAAGCUGCUCAACAUCCAGGCCCCGCCCCGCGCCCAGUGGAUCAGAGUUUUGUACGGAGAGUUGACCCGUAUCCUCAACCACAUCAUGGCCAUCACCACCCACGCCCUGGACAUCGGCGCCAUGACUCCGUUCUUCUGGAUGUUCGAGGAGCGGGAGAAGAUGUUUGAGUUUUACGAGAGAGUUUCCGGCGCCCGCAUGCACGCCGCUUACGUACGACCUGGAGGAGUGCACCAGGAUAUGCCGUUGGGUUUGAUGGACGACAUCUACGAGUGGUGCAAGAACUUUUCCAUCCGGAUCGAUGAAGUGGAAGAGAUGCUGACCAACAAUCGUAUUUGGAAGAAUCGCACCGUGGACAUCGGGGUGGUGUCUGCAGAGGAGGCGCUCAACUACGGAUUCAGUGGAGUGAUGCUUCGGGGCUCUGGAAUCAAAUGGGACCUGAGGAAAUCGCAGCCCUACGACAAAUACGACGAGGUGGAGUUCGACGUGCCCAUCGGGACUAACGGAGACUGCUACGACAGGUACCUGUGUCGAGUGGAGGAGAUGAGGCAGUCGCUCAGAAUCAUGCUCCAGGCCCUCAACAAGAUGCCCGAGGGAGAGAUCAAGGUGGACGACGCCAAGGUGGCCCCGCCGAAGAGAGCCGAGAUGAAGACCUCCAUGGAGUCGCUCAUCCACCACUUUAAGCUGUACACCGAGGGCUACCAGGUCCCUCCAGGGGCCACGUACACCGCCGUCGAGGCCCCCAAGGGUGAGUUUGGCGUGUACCUGGUGUCGGACGGCUCGAGCAGACCGUACCGCUGCAAGAUCAAAGCCCCCGGAUUCGCUCACUUGGCUGGACUGGACAAAAUGGCCAAAGGACACAUGCUGGCUGAUGUAGUCGCCAUUAUUGGCACACAGGACAUAGUGUUUGGUGAAGUUGACCGCUGAAGAGAGAACUGUCGUCUUUCUCUUCCUGUUCACAAUUCAGCCUCUUUUGUUUGAUGUAUUCUAAUAUUACUGUACAAUGCUCCAAAAACAAUAUGCAUAAUAAAUAUUUUAUGACUCCA